GCGCGACGCGUGCAUCGCGAUCGACGGCUACGCACGUCCACUGAAUUCAUCGUUAGGAUAACACAAUUAAUACUCCAUAAUACCUUAAAAAUAUUUUCACUCAUUUACUUAAAAUCAAAAGCAUCGAAAAUUAAAGUUAAAAUAUUAUACGUGUCUCGGAUAAAAAUACAUUUUCAGGUUCUCGUGUUCCCCGAUAUUAAUAGUGUGUAUGAAGAAAAAUGUAGUUUCUGCAGACAUCAUGUGACUGCGCUUGUGACAGGUCGACGAUUCGAGAUGUGAGACGCGUGCGGAAGGAUGUGGCAGAACUAAAGAUAGUGUGGGGGUGUCUCGAGACGAUGGCGACGUCGUUGACAUGCGUCGGCAUCUUGUGGGCGACGCUUUCGCUCGCAGCCGCUCUAUUGUGCUGCAGUGGGUUUUACAUGCCUUUUUGGAUACAGGGACGUUUGCUCGGCAAAGUCGACGCGUAUUUUAGCUCGUUCCGCCGUUGCAACUAUCCGAAAGUCAGUCCCCAGGGGGUCGUGGACAUUGUGGAGGAAUGUGGGAGAUAUUCCAGAUUCUGGGAUAUCCCCUCACCGUGGUGGCAGGCGAGUACAGUCCUAGUGGGCACCGGCAGUGCCCUAAGCCUACUGGUGGCGGUGACUGCGACGGCGGCAUGCUGCAUCACGUACGUCGUGCACACCGGCACGGCACGCAUCGCCGGCGCUCUCCAACUUCUCGCAGCGCUGCUUGUUAUCGCCGGCGCCGCCGUUUAUCCAGUGGGAUGGGAUAACCGAGAGAUGCGAGAGUCCUGCGGGAAUGCAAGCCAUAUCUAUCGACUAGGCACGUGUCAACUGUCGUGGUCGGUGUACCUGCUGGCCGCCGCCGUCCUCCUCCUGCUGCUCUGUUUCUGUUUGAGUUUUUGCGCGUCUCGGGUGAAGGCCGGCUCAUUUCGGAUCUGAGUGUACAGCGCCGGCAUGCUGUCCAGCAGCGUGUAGCUUAUAGACUGGCCCACAUAUCGGCGCAGCCUGAAGCCCGACACACGUCGCAAUCGGCGCCAUCGACGACGCAUCAACACUUUACCGCAAUCGAGGCCAA